AUGUCUUUGAAGUCUUACUUUCCCCUCGAAGCGUGGGCGGCCGCCAAUGCAGACUAUACCGCAGAUGUCCCUCGGUACCCGCACGUCAAGAUUGUUCCAGAUGUUUUCACAGCUCUGUCUGGAGUCCUCUGGUCUGUGUCGUAUAUUCUCAUGACGACUAAGGCCUUCAAGGACAAGUCCUACGCAAUGCCCAUCUACUGCCUCUGCCUGAACAUCACAUGGGAGGCGGUGUAUGGCUUUGUGUAUGGACCGGGCCCGGUCAACCAGAUCGUCUUCGCGCAGUAUAUGAUCGUGGACAUCUUCCUCUUCUGGGCCAUCAUCAAAUCCGCCCGGUAUCAAUGGCGCCAAUCACCCCUCGUUGCUGAUAAUCUCAUCUGGAUCAUCAUGUUUGGGUGUGUUUUCUGCACCUGGCUGCACCUGGCCAUUGCCGCAACCUUCAUUCCUCACAUUGGCCGACAGGUUGUAUUCUUCACGGCCUGGCCCAUGGCAGCAAUAAUCUCUCUUGGCUCCAUCGCGCAGAUUCUCUCGCGCGGCCAUACCGGAGGUCACUCAAUGCCCAUCUGGUAA